ACGACAUACACACAACCUCUUUCCAACAUCGCAAAUAACCAUGCUUAACAUCCUCUCGCGCCAGUUCGCGACGCGUCUCUCCCUCGGCGCGUCCCCCAUCGCUCAGGCGCGCCGCACCUUCCUCACCUCCUCUCCCGCCGCGUUCGCCGCCGCGGCCAAGAAGCCCUCCACGACUACGAAGACGACCAAGCGGCCUGCGACGACCAAGGCCAAGUCGUCCACUAAGAAAGACGCUGACGGCAACGACAACGGCGAUAAGAAGAAGAAGAAGAAGAAGAAGGACGUGCACGUCGUACUCCACAAAGAAGAUAAGCCGCCCCGGCUGCCGCCCAACGCGUACGCGUGCUUUGUGAAAAACGUCGCGCAGGGCGUCAAGAGCCCCGAAGAUGCCGUACAGGCCGUGUCCGCUGCGUCUGUGAAGUGGAAGGCCCUUCCCGAGGACGAGAAGCAGAAAUACGUCGGCCAAGCCGAACUCCUCCGCCAGCAGUACGAAAAGGACUUGGCCUCGUACUGGAAAACCGUCGACCCCGUCAUAAUCAAGGAGAUCAACCGCCGACGUGCCGAGCAGGGCAAGUACAAGCUCAAGGUCCCGCGCGCGCUCGACCCGAACCCGCGGCCCCUUACUCCCUUCUUCCGCUUCCUCGCCGACUUCCGCACGACAGCCGAGGGGCGCGCCGUGCUCGAGGCGAACGGCGGGGACGCGCGGGCCGCGACGAUCGCGAGGAGCAAGGUAGGCGCAGCGAAGUGGAAGGACAUGUCGGACGCCGAGAAAGGGCCGUACGUUGAAGCGUACGAGAAGGAGAAGAAGAUCUUCCAUGCGAACAAGGAGGAGUGAAUGUCAAGUCUUGUGGUGAAGAGAAGAACCGUUUUCCCUACAUAUCCUACGUCUACGUUAGCCCCAAGCCUGCGAGCCAAUUUGUCUGUCUGUUCUAUCGACACCUCGGAGUCUCCUUAGUGCAUUAUCGCGUAUCUCCCACUCUUGUUAAUGUCCAAACUAUCAAGUCCG